CAGCCUCGUUAGGAUUCGAAGUCUACCACAUCAGUCACAGUCGGUUCCCUUCCCAGGAAACACUUCGUUACAUAGUUCCAUUCGGAUUGCGCAUCAUUCCCCGCAUAUACUCCAGAUAUUCGAACCCUCAUCUUUUCUUUUUUGGCCUUACAAACCCCAAAUCACCUUCACCUCUCACCUUGCGGGGCUACUACGCAGUACAUACUCCACGCUGCUACAUAUCGCGUGGCCCAUAGGAUUGGAUCUCUUACCUGCAGAGGACCUUCCCACACUCCACCUUCUGAUCCGCGCCCAUCCCCCCCGUGACCAACCCGAGCAGCUCUUCAGCCGCAUCCCCACGUUUCUCGGCGCCGUCAUUGCAUUAGCAAGAAGCCGGCCGUCGAAGUUGAAUCGUCGUCGCAUUCAGUUUGUCCAAGGGAUCACUCGAAUCCCACGUUGAUCAGCCACCGCUCAACUUUUACCGACGCCAAACCCCGUCAACGUCAACCUCGUCAACCACCAUGGCGCUGUGCCAGAACCGCUUGCAAGAGGAACGGAAGCAGUGGCGAAAGGACCAUCCCUUUGGCUUCUAUGCCCGUCCCCAGAAGAACCAGCAGGGUGUGCUCGACUUGAAGAUUUGGGAAUGUGGUAUUCCGGGCAAAGAAAAGACAAUCUGGGAGGGUGGUCUGUUCAAGUUGACCGUCACGUUCCCUGAUGAAUAUCCCACGAAACCCCCCAAGUGCAAAUUCGUCCCCCCUCUUUUCCACCCCAAUGUCUACCCAUCAGGCACGGUCUGUCUCUCGAUCCUCAACGAAGAAGAGGCAUGGAAGCCGGCCAUCACGAUGAAGCAGAUCCUGCUCGGCAUCCAGGACUUGCUCAAUGACCCCAAUCCCGAGUCCCCAGCCCAGGCUGAGGCGUACAAUCUCUUCAAGAAAGAUCGUCAGGAAUAUGAACGUCGGAUCAAGCGCGUCGUGCGGGAGAAUGCCGCCCCAUAGAUUGGGAACCCACGAAUGUGAGGGUGCUUGGUGAAAAAGAGAGAGCAGUUCUGUUUUGCUGGACCUGGGACACGGAGUUUAGGGAUACCAAUUCAUUGUUUGUGGCGGCAUUUGGAGGGAGUUCAUUCAUUGAUAGCGAUCCUGCGCACGAUUCAAUUUUCGGGCUGCUCUAUAUACUCAUGAUCGAGGAACAAGAGUCUAAGAAAAAUAAAAAAAAUUACCGACGCUGCGCCCGAUGCAUCAGUCCGUUU